AUGUUGACCAAAGUUCUCCUGAUCCUCCUGGACAUGUCCAUAAUCCUGCCUUCUAGGAUUGAAAGACCUCAUGUUGAAUCGGAGAUGGGACCCUCUGCUGGUCAUGAUGAUGUCUAUGGCCCUAAGCCCCAGGAUGCCAAAAAGAAGGUCCCCUCUGAAGAAAUAAGGCCCGCUACUAUUGAUACUCACCAAAACCUUGGAAAACUACCAGCAGCCUCUCAAAUCCUGGACAGUAUCCUGAAUAACUCUGAUUAUAAACUGCACCCUGGCAUUGACAAGAAGCCCACUGUGGCCACUGUUGAUCUUAUCCUUGAUCCUAUCUCUAUCCUGAAGAGGAAGUACUCCAUUGACAUCACCUUGUGCCAGACCUGGUAUGAUGAACUCUUCAUUAACAAUGGCAGCUUUGAGAACUUAGUUCUGAAUGGCAACAUGGUGAGCCAGUUAUGGAACCCAGACAGUUUUUUUAGGAAUUCUAAGUGGACUCUUGUAUAUGAAAUCACUAUGCCAAACCAGGUGGUCCACAUCCACAAGGAUGGCAAGGCGUUGUACACAAUUAGGGUGACCACUGAUACUGGAUGUUCAUUCCACAUGCUCAAAUUUCCAAUGGAUUCUCAUUUUUGCCCUCUGUCUUUUUCUAGUUUUUCCUAUCCUGAGAAUGAGAUGAUGUACAAGUGGAAAGAUUUCAAGCUUGAAAUCAAUGAGAGUAAUUCCUGGAAGCUCUUCCAGUUUAAUUUUACAGGAGUGAGCAAUGAGACUGAAACUAUCUCAACCAUAGCUGGUAAUGAUUUAAUGAUUAUCAUGCUUUUCUUCAAUGUGAGCAGGUUGUUUGGCUUAAAUGCCAUUCAAAACUAUGUCCCUUCUUCUGUGACAGUGAUCAUGUUCUGGGUUUCCUUUUGGAUCAAGAAGGACUCUGUUCCAGCCAAGACUUCUUUAAGAAUCACCUCUGUUCUCCCCAUGACCACAUUGGGUUCUUAUUCCCAGAAGAAUUUCCUACAUGUCUCCUACAUUACAGCCUUGGAUUUCUGUAUUGCCAUCUGUUUCCUCUUCUGCCUCUGUACUCUGGUGGAGUUCGCUAUGCUUAACUUCCUGAUCUACAACCACACGGAACCCGGUUCUUCUCUGAGGCUUCACCAUAUAUGA